CUUUAAUGUUGCUUUACGGACCGCCAUUAUAUCAUAGAAGAAGAAGACACACCCACAACUUCAACUUCCUUUUCGAAACCCCAACCGACGCCCACCCAGUUUACCUACAGUCAGAACAAUAUCUCAAUCUUCUGAAACCAAAUGGCUGCUAUGCCUAUUCACCAAGCCCAACCAAACCUGAAGAGGAAGGCUGAAAGCAUUGGAAUUGGGACAGUUGGAAGCACUGUAAAUAACGCCAAGAGGCCCAAAAUUGAGGACCACCUUGAUAAAAACAUGAAGACCGCACCCAAGGCACCUGUACCCAAGAAGCCUGCUGCGGCGAAGAAGCCUAAAGUCAAGAAGCCUGCUGCAGCGAAGAAGCCUAAAGUCAAGAAGCCUGCUGCAGCGAAGAAGCCUAAAGUCAAGAAGCCUGCUGCAGCGAAGAAGCCUAAAGUCAAGAAGCCUGCUGCAGCGAAGAAGCCUAAAGUCAAGAAGCCUGCUGCAGCGAAGAAGCCUAAAGUCAAGAAGCCUGCUGCAGCGAAGAAGCCUAAAGUCAAGAAGCCUGCUGCAGCGAAGAAGCCUAAAGUCAAGAAGCCUGCUGCAGCAAAGAAGCCUAAAGUCAAGAAGCCUGCUGCAGCGAAGAAGCCUAAAGUCAAAAAGCCUGCUGCAGCGAAGAAGCCUAAAGUCAAGAAGCCUGCUGCAGCGAAGAAGCCUAAAGUCAAGAAGCCUGCUGCAGCAAAGAAGCCUAAAGUCAAGAAGCCUGCUGCAGCGAAGAAGCCUAAAGUCAAGAAGCCUGCUGCAGCGAAGAAGCCUAAAAUCAAGAAGCCUGCUGCAGCGAAGAAGCCUAAAAUCAAGAAGCCUGCUGCAGCGAAGAAGCCUAAAGUCAAGAAGCCUGCUGCAAAAAAAUUGUUAAAUAAAGAUUUAAAACAUAAGAGCACCAGGUGCAUAUGCCUAAAAUUAUUCUUAUGAGAUGUUGUGAAGUUUUAGGCAUAUUCCCUUUAAAACAUUCAAAGCACCAUAUACAGUGGGGCAAAAAAAGUAUUUACUCAGCCACCAAUUGUGCAAGUUCUCCCACUUAAAAAGAUGAGAGGCCUAUAAUUUUCAUCAUAGGUACACUUCAACUAUGACAGACAAAAUUUGAAAAAAAAUCCAGAAAAUCACAUUAUAGGAUUUUUAAUGAAUUUAUUUGCAAAUGAUGGUGGAAAAUAAGUAUUUGGUCAAUAACAAAAGUUUAUCUCAAUACUUUGUUAUUGUUGGCAAUGACAGAGGUCAAACAUUUUCUGUAAGUCUUCACAAGGUUUUCACACACUGUUGCUGGUAUUUUGGCCCAUUCCUCCAUGCAGAUCUCGUCUAGAGCAGUGAUGUUUUGGGGCUGUUCCUGGGCAACACGGACUUUCAACUCCCUCCAAAGAUUUUCUAUGGGGUUGAGAUCUGGAGACUGGCUAGGCAACUCCAGGACCUUGAAAUGCUUCUUACGAAGCCACUCCUUUGUUGCCCGGGCGGUGUGUUUGGGAUCAUUGUCAUGCUGAAAGACCUUGCUGAUGGUAGGCUUUGUUACUUUGAUCCCAGCUCUCUGCAGGUCAUUCACUAGGUCCCCCCGUGUGGUUCUGGGAUUUUUGCUCACCGUUCUUGUGAUAAUUUUGACCCCACGGGGUGAGAUCUUGCGUGGAGCCCCAGAUCAAGGGAGAUUAUCAGUGGUCUUGUAUGUCUUCCAUUUCCUAAUAAUUACUCCCACAGUUGAUUUCUUCAAACCAAGCUGCUUACCUACCAGAUUCAGUCUUCCCAGCCUGGUGCAGGUCUACAAUUUUGUUUCUGGUGUCCUUUGACAGCUCUUUGGUCUUGGCCAUAGUGGAGUUUGGAGUGUGACUGUUUGAGGUUGUAGACAGGUGUCUUUUAUACUGAUAACAAGUUCAAAAAGGUAACGAGUGGAGGACAGAGGAGCCUCUUAAAGAAGAAGUUACAGGUCUGUGAGAGACAGAAAUCUUGCUUGUUUGUAGGUGACAAAAUACUUA